AUGGUAUCGGCCGAGUUUAUUGCGAUGAAACCGGAUAAAUACAAGGAGGAGACCAAAAAUUAUCAGAUACUAUGCGUAUUGUUGUUGAAUACCGAAAAUAAACAUUUAGUUGUUUUUGAUGAACCCGAGUAUAAUAACUUUUGCAUCUGCAGAAAUUAA